AUGAACAUAGAUCUUGAAAAUCAUUUAAUAUACAUUGUAUGCAAUCAUGAUGUUGUAAUGACAUCUUUCAUAGUUUACUCUUUAAAGAGAAAACGGGCAAGUAACAUUUGCCUUCUCGUUCCAUUAUCUAACAAAGAAUUUCAAAAAUCAAACUUGGGAGUGCAGAUGGUAUCUGGAAAAUGGUCAACGAUUGAGGACUUUACAGAAAUAUUAUCGACCAACGCAGUUAUCGUUAUAAGCAUGUUAUACCAUGACUAUGAAUCUCAAUGCAAAUUAUUCCAAGCUUGUAUAAUUCAACUAGUUUCCUUUUUUGUUACAUGGGAUUCGGGAAUGGAAUUGGAAAAUUUUGUACGAAAUAGCUCAUGUCCUAGGACCAGAUUGCAUCAACUAUUGAUUGAUUAUCAUUAUUCAGAAUCAACCGAUAAAAUGAAUUGGGUAAUAUUCCAAGUUGGAAUAUUUGAUAUAGAAUCCAUUCAUUUUGAUAUAUCAACAGUAACUUCGUCCUUCAAUUCACCAAAUCAAUUCAUUUUUUUGAAUGUAACGGUAAAAGAAGAUCUUGCGCUUCUAAUCAGCGAGUCCAUAAUUAACCCGAAACUUGAGCCAAAUCGUAAUUAUGUUGUUGGCGAAUUCAUUGCUCAUACCUUCCUUGGGCAUAUUUAUCAAGUCUUUAACAAGGGAGUGCAAUUUGAUUUGAACCUCCCAGCAAGUAUUAAUGAAUUCGAAACAACGAAUCAAUUGCGACUAUCGGGAAUUAUAUCUGCUCGACCGCUUCCGCAGAUAAUAUUUCCUAAUCACAAUUUGAAUGUAAAUAAAUUAUCGAUGGAAAUAUCAUUGCAAUAUGGUGCGAGUAUUUAUCAUAUUCUUUCGGACCAUCGAAGGAUCACCCUCAAAGAAUGGGUAUAUGACAAACUGAGGCAAAGGUCAUGA